AUCACAAUCUGAUACCACUCCAUAACUUAAAUCAAACAUCUCAAUUUAUUUGCAUAUCCAAAAUGACUUAAAUCUAAGUAAUUGAUCUAAUGACCGAAAUCUGUUUUGAUCUCAUAAAUUCAAGGUAAAAUCUUAAAAUUGCUCGGAUAUCAUAAAAUCUCCAAAUACAAUCUAACUUACAAAAGCAUGAUUUAUUUCUAAAAUCUAUAUCAAUCUCGAAAUGGCUAGCCUUCUAACUCAUCACUUUUCGUGGUUUCCCUGUCCUUGGCUUCGCUUCUUGAAAUGGUGAAUAAGGAAAAACUAUGAGAUAACUCAAUAAGUAAAUAUAAAUAGCCCUUAAUUAACUUAUAGCAUGCCAACAUGUUUAAUCACGAAAAACAGAUACGGGUAUGGAAACGAAAUAGACGUCUUCUUUAUAGGUCAUGGCCAGUGUUAUAAACCUCCCACUGGCAAGCACACGAGUUACUAAUGUAUAAUCCCACUAGCAAGAUAACAAAAACAAACCGGUUUUAUCAGUAACAUGUCGACAUGUGCUAGCAUUUAUAAACCUCCCACUAGCGGGCUCACAAAUAACAUGACCAUAUCGGAGACAAAACAAGUAGAAGUUAACAGGAAAAUCAUAAUUCACAAAUCAUUUCCAGAUCAUCAGGACAGUUAAGUAAACUCCAAGAAGGCAAGCUCAAAUCAAUAAAAAGAACAAUAAUUUCAUUUGAAAUCGAUCAUACUUGUCUAAAACGGGUUUAGUCCCGCCACCACUUCAAAAAUAAGCUAAAAUGUGCUUU